GUGUGUCGUAGCAGGAGACGUAAUUGUUUGCAUCCCCGGGUAGGUCCGUCCAGCUGGUUCUGUCUCUUUGUGGCCUGUUCAAGUCUGGGUGUGGCUGUCGUGUCGUGGCUCGGAAGCAUAUUCAGCGGCUGCAACUUGCGCCGUUUACCGUGAUCUUAGAGAUUUGGCCGGGGACUAACAUCGAGUAGCACAACAGGCGCAGACUGCAUACGGUCAAUACCAGGGACGUCCACUCAUUGCUGCAAUCUCGGGAAGAUCUCUUUCUUUUUCACAAGACCAUCGCCAUGGGCAAAAGGCCCAACGUGGCGGUUAUCGGAGCCGGCCUCUCAGGCUUGAGAUGUACCGACAUUUUAAUCCAGAAUGGCGCUCGCGUGACUCUCUUCGAAGCAAGGAACAGGGUUGGAGGCAGGGUACACCAAACGAAGAUCCAUACACAUCUGAUAGACAUGGGCCCCAAUUGGAUCCAUGGCACUGGAAAGAACCCGAUUGCCGCAAUUGCAGAAGCCACGGGGACAGUGCUUGAAGACUUCGAAGGAAACCAGGCGUUAAUUUCCCCAGACGGAAAGGCUAUCGAUGAUGAUACAGCCUCCAGGAUAUCAGAGGUUUUGUGGACAACUAUCGAAAACGCCUUUGAGUAUAGCAACAUCCAUAAAGACACCAUUCCACCGGAUCGAAGCCUGCUUGACUUUAUCCGGGAAAAGGUCGAGGAAACCGACCUCACCACAACCGAAAAGGACCUGUGCAUCGAGUCUUCCAGACUAUGGGGAGCAUAUGUCGGUGACCCGAUUGAACGGCAGAGUUUAAAGUUCUUCUGUCUCGAAGAGUGCAUAGAUGGGAAUAACUUCUUCGUGGCAUCGACGUAUAAGAACAUCCUCAAGCAUGUCUCCCAAGCAGCCCUCCAGCGCGCCGACAUCCGUUUCAACCAGCCAAUCGUCAAGAUCGAAUCCGAACCCCGACAAGACCUCAGAUCCCCCGGCAAGGUGACUCUCACCACCGCAUCUGGCGAAACCUUCCAAUUCGACGAAGUAGUAGUCACCUGCCCACUGGGCUGGCUGAAACGCAACAAACAAGCCUUCACCCCCGAACUCCCCCCUCGCCUCACCCAAGCCAUCGACAGCAUCUCCUACGGCCGCUUAGAAAAAGUAUACGUGACCUUUCCCCGCGCCUUCUGGCACGCCGACACCACCACCACCACCACCGAAACCAGCCCAAAAUACACCAACUUCACCAACCCCACCUUCGCCCAAUUCCUCAACCCAACAUACACCAGCCCCCCCAAAAAUAUCAUCUGGAACCAAGAAUGCAUCUCCCUCGCCGCUCUCCCCCCAUCCUGCGCCCACCCCACCCUCCUCUUCUACACCUUCGGCCCCUGCUCCACCUACAUCGUCUCCAAACUCGCAACCAUCCCCUCCUCCACCACCACCACCACCUCCUCCUCCUCCAGCGAUGACGAAUCCUACAACCUCCUCAACACCUUCCUCCACCCCUUCUACUCCCGUCUCCACGGCUACUCCGCCUCUUCCCCAGACUGCACCCCGCUCGCCUUCACCGCCACCCAAUGGCAAAACGACCCCUACGCCGGCAACGGAUCCUACUGCAAUUUCCAAGUCGGGCUCACGCAGGGAGAUCGGGAUAUUGAGGUCCUGAGAGCGGGGCUGGGUGUGGAUCGGGCGGUGUGGUUCGCGGGUGAACAUACGGCGCCGUUUGUGGCGUUGGGGACCACCACGGGGGCGUAUUGGAGUGGGGAGCGCGCGGCAGGCCAGAUUUGUAAUUUGUAUGGCUUGGGGAGGGUGGGCAUUGGGUUGGAGAGGGAUGAUUCGUUGCCGUCGGCGAGGGCGAAGGGGCUUUUGUAGGUGGGGGAUAGUAGGCUUGUG